UUUGACCAAACAAAAUAAAUGUUCAUGAAUCCAAAAUCCAAGAUCAAUGUCGAAACAUGAUGUAAUUCUGUUUAGUAUUUAUUUUAGAUGAAACACCUUUGAAUCUAUUUCAGUUGUGGCCAAGAAGCUCAUUAUAGUUGCUAAAAUGAAAUCAGCUCUUAAAAUCUUUAUUUUUUCUUUAAUUUCUUUGACUAAUUUGUUUAACUCUAGUUUCUGCUUGGAGCCGAUUGAUGUUGCCCAUGAAAAUUGUGCCAUUUUACCUGGAUCUAUUCAUGUAAUCAAAGAGGAGCUCGACGUGGCUGGUAAUGUUAUUAGGUCUUGUGAAGGUGAUUUCUUGGUCAACAAAUGUGAAGGAACUUGUGUCUCAUCAUUGCAACCAAGCGUUGUCCAUUCAAGUGGUUUUCUUAAGAAAUGUAAUUGUUGCCGAGAAUCUAGAAUGAAAACUCGUUCAAUUCGAUUAAAUCACUGUUUUGAUCCAGACGGGAAAAAAAUGACUGGUGAAAAAGGGUCCAUGGAGAUUGAAAUGGAGGAACCUGAAAGUUGUCACUGUCUUAAAUGCUCACCUUGAUCGUUUAGCAUUUUGAACUCAGUCAUUCUUACACUGCAACUGAGCAUUUCCAAUCAAAAUGUUACUCAUUUUUUAACAUUGAAACUCUUUUAACCAUCUUUUGUCAUGCAAACAAAAACUAAUUUCAUCUGUAUGUACAAAUGACAGCAUCUGGCGAACGAUGUAUCCAGACAAAAAAACAAAUCGAGACUGGUGAAAAUACUGAGAUUAACAGGACAAGUAGCAAAUAUCUGGAGGAAAAAUACAAAAAUUGUUCACACAUGAAAUGUCUCACCCUAAAACAUGACUUUUGAUUUUAAAAACGAUUCAAGGAAUAAGUACAACGUAUAACCCGAAGACACCACAAGAUUGGAUAGUAGAUCUCAUAUUAUCAAAGGAUUUUUUGAUGAACAAUGUACUCAACUAUAAACAUUGCACCCCAAAGAGUUUCCCAUCUGAUGACUGUUUUCCAGUCUUCCACCCUUCACUCCAUUCACAAUUAACCAUUGAUUUACUUGGAUAUCACAAAAAGAUGAUAAAUUAUCCCGAUCUAACUUUAUUUUCACAAAGUAAAAUUUAGCAUGGCUUAUCGACAAGUUAUUUAUUGUCUUGUCGGUGUUUUGCAUUUCCUUGAACCAUCGACAGCUCUCAAAACACGGCAAAUGUCAAUUUUUAUGAAUCAGUCAAAAUAAAUAUUAACCUAUGUAAAUU